GGGCAUUGGACUUAGGCAAGCGGAGUCAGUGCAGGUUGCAGAGGCGCACAGAGGAGGAAGCACACAAGUUGCCCGAAAUUGCCAUUCUUGCCAGCCUCGCCAACAACUGAGAACGAGAAAAGAAACCGGCUGAACGCAAGCAAGACACCUGGAAGUCAAGGCAUUGUCACGCUGACCUGCCAAACCAUCCCAUGCGCCCCAACCUCCUCCAGGGAAGGUGAACCAAUCUUCCUCUCAAGCACUUGCUUGUCUACAUCCCAAGUGUAUCCCUCCCCACCAAAAAAACAAAAACAAAACAAAAAACAUUUGGCUGACCAGGCAUUGAAUUAAAUGCUGUCUCGCUUCCACGCCUGCAAAUGGCUUGCUGUCUGAAGGACGAGCUUCUCUGUUCCAUCUGCCUGAGCAUCUACCAAGACCCGGUCAGCUUCGGCUGCGAGCACUACUUCUGCCGCAAGUGCAUCACAGAGCACUGGAGCCGGCAGGAGCACCACGGCACGCGCGACUGCCCUGAGUGCCGGCGCACCUUCGCCGACCCGCUGCUCUCGCCCAGCCUCAAGCUGUCCAACAUCGUGGAGCGCUACUCGGCCUUCCCGCUGGACGCCAUCCUCAACGCCCAGCGCAGCACCUACCCCUGCAAGGACCACGAGAAGGUCAAGCUCUUCUGUCUGAGCGACAAGAGCCUGGUCUGCUUCUUCUGCGACGAGCCGGCCUUGCACGAGCAGCACCAGGUCACCACCAUCGAUGAGGCAUACGAGGAGCUGCAGAGAGAGAUGAAGGAACAGCUGGCUUCACUACAGGAGAGUGAGAAGGGCCACACUGAGGCAUUGCAGCUCCUACAGAGACAACUCACAGAGACCAAGUCGUCGGCUAAGAGCCUGCGGGCGACCAUCGGCGAGGCGUUUGAGCGUCUGCACCGCUUCCUGCGCGAGCGGCAGAAGAGCAUGCUGGAGGAGCUGGAGGCGGACACGGCGCGCACACUCUCCGACAUCGAGCACAAGAUCCAGCGCUACAGCCAGCAGCUGCGCGACGUCAAGGAGGGCAUCACGAUCCUGCAGGAGCGGCUCGGGGAGAGCGGACGGCACGACUUCCUGGAGGGGGUGGCGCUGACCUCAGAGAGAAUCAAAGGGAAAAUCCACGAGACCAACCUCAGCUAUGAAGACUUUCCGACAUCCAAAUACAUGGGACCUCUGCAGUACACCAUUUGGAAGUCCCUUUUCCAGGACAUAUCGCCAGUUCCCGCGGCGUUGACCCUUGACCCCAUCACGGCGCACCAGCGGCUCAUCCUGUCAGAUGACUGCACCAUCGUAGCCUACGGCAACCUGCACCCGCAGCCGCUACAGGACUCUCCGCGACGCUUUGAUGUGGAGGUGUCUGUGCUGGGCGCUGAAGCCCUGGGCUCCGGCGUGCACUACUGGGAGGUCAUGGUGUCGGAGAAGACCCAGUGGAUGAUCGGCGUGGCCAGCGAGGCGGUGAGCCGCAAGGGCAGCAUCCAGAUCCAGCCGGCGCGCGGCUUCUACUGCAUCGUCAUGCACGACGGCAACCAGUACAGUGCCUGCACCGAGCCCUGGACGCGCCUCAACGUCAAGAGCAAGCUGGAGAAAGUGGGGGUGUAUCUGGACUACCCCAAGGGCCUCCUGGUGUUCUACAACGCCGACGACAUGUCCUGGCUCUAUACCUACCGAGAGAAGUUCCCGGGCAAGCUGUACCCUUACUUUAGUCCCGGCCAGAGCCACGCUAACGGGAAGAACGUGCAGCCGCUGCGCAUCAACACCGUCCGCCUAUAGACUCAAACGACGAUUAACAGUGUCCGCAAUGUCCGCCUACACAGACCCGACGAUGACUAACCGAGCGUCCGCAAUGUUCGCCUAUACGUAGACCCAACGACGAUGACUUAAGGUCCUAUUCAUACCCUACGUUUGGUCAACUACAUACUACGUACUUCUAUUCAUACAUUCUAACCGUCAAUAUGUACAUACAGUGAUUGGUUAGAACGUGUGAAGCGCUCCAUACGCAUCUGUGACCGCCUUACACGUAGGGUAUGUAUGGGCCUUGACCGACCGACCGACCAACAGACCAACGUUUGUGUUUGUGUUUGAGCCAGUGUCUGCAUUUCAUUGGCCUGCUGGGAAGAUGACCACUGACAGAAGAUAUCCUAAGAAAAAAACAAAAACUUAAUUGAAAAUGAUGCAGUGAACUUUGUUGUGUGAUGAUGUUGAAAUCAAGCUGUCGGCUCUCCAUUCUGCUGAAGACAACGUGAUCUAUUGACGAAAAAAGAGAGUGAGAGAGAGGAGAGGGCAAAAAAAAACAGAAUAUAUGUUAACCGUACAGGGUGUGUAAAAGAAAAAAAUGAAGCAAAUGUUUCUGUCCUUGAUUUUUGCUGUCUUCUGUGAGACUUUUUUUUUUGGUUCUGUGGCCAAUGUAAUGUUAAUGGUGGAUGUUUGAUAUUUGUUUGGUGUGUGUGUGUCGGUGUGUCGGUGUGUGUGUGUGUCGGUGUGUGUGUGUGUCGGUGUGUGUGUGUGUCGGUGUGCGUGUGUGUCUGUGUGCAAGUGUGGAUGUGCAUUCUUGUGUGGGCUUGUGUGUGUGGGAGAAAGACAUUUCUGCACAUCAAAGGGAAAAACUGACUUCAGAGAAAACCAGCCAAGGCACCUGCACCUUGGGGUUUCAACAUGUCGGGAAGGUGAUUCUGCACAUUCUCACCUGAACUUUUUUUUUCUUUCUUCAGUCUCCCACAACUGCCCUGCUCUGACACUGUCCAUCAAACACACACACACACGCACACACGCACAAGUUCCACAAUUGAGAUGGCCACCCUCCAUAUGAAUUCAGCAGAGGAUGCCUUCUCCUGUGUGACACACACACACACACACACACACACACACACCCGCACACACACACACACACACACACACACACACACACACACACACACACACACACACAAUUGCGAUGGCCACUCUCAAUAUGAUGUUCGGAAUUCAGCAGAGGAUCCCUUCUCCUGUGUGGCUGUCUUCUGUACUUUGCCUUUUCUUUAAAACAAAAACAUAAAUCUUUGUGCAAUGGGCUUAUUGAUGUGUCUCUCACGGAGUCUGUCAAGCCACCUGUUCUUGUGAUAUGUUACUUUUUUUCUUUGUUUCUUUUGGCACACUUUCGCUGGUUUAAAGACUGGCCUUUUUUGAUAAGUGCUUUUCAUCCUUUCCUCUCUUCUCUCUUUUGUUGUUUUGUCCCUACAUCUCUGCCCCCUGCCAAAAAGCAGGACACCUGUGGAGCCUAGCCCAUAUCCCCCACUCUGUCUGUCUGUCUGUCUGUCUGUCUGUCCUUCUGUC